UGUACAUGGUGCUCAUAGGGGAAGAUGGUUUCUCACAAACAAGAGAACUACAUGUCCCAGGAUGCACUCUGUUCAGGAGGAACUCUCAAGACACCUUUAUCAUCAGUGCAGCCGACAGCCUGGGCCCUGUGUGGGGGGUGCACAUCUGGCACGACAACUCUGGACCCUCCCCGAGCUGGAGCAUCAAACACCUGGACGUGUCCGAGAGGGCAGCUGAAGGGACGUGCGUGGCUCUUUGUGGCUCAGUGCUGGUUGGCUGUGAACCAAAGUGACGGGCGGGUGGAGAGGAUUCUGACGCUGAGUCUCAAGCUAUCAGACUAUUUGGCCGAUUACCACAUCUGGAUAUCUUUGUACAGCUGCCCCAACGCGUUCACACACACUCAGAGACUGUGUGUGAGCCUGCUGCUUCUGCUGGGAUAUGCAUGUGUCAGCACACUGAUCAUAUCACACAUGGAUGAUCAGUUGCCCUUCCAGUUUGGCUGUGUAGAAGCAACAGCUGUUUCUGUGCGGACAGGACUUCUGAGUGUGUGUGGUGUUGCCAGCAGCAGCACACUAUUUGGUAUCUGUUUGGCUCCAAAUACCAAACAGAUCAUUGCAGCAUCCCAUGAUCCCCUCUGUUUCAGCCCUGUUUCUAAAGUGCUGGACAAAACGUGUAAGUAUCAUCAACAUUUGUUUGCCACAGAUCUGAUUUUCUGGAAUAGUGCAAAAGCCAAUUUGAAAAAUCCCAUUGACUUUUAUUUGAGGGAGCCAUUGCGAUGCUAACAUGCUAACAUCCAAGUUUGCUAACAAACAGACGUCAUCCCUGCACCGCUCUAUU